CCGGUGCGGGCAGAGCUGCGCGCUGCGGCCGCGCGAGUGGCGGCCGGGGCUGCCCCGUCCCUGCCCGCCGCUCCCUUCAUGAGUCGCAAGUUCGGGCCGGGAGGAGGAGCAGCGGCGGCGGCGGCGGCGGCGGCGGCGGCUGGGCGGCGGGAGCCCGGCGGGGCAGGCGGCACCGACUGAGCAUGGCCGAGCGGCGCGGGCCGGCGGCGAGCGGCGGUGGGGAAGUUGGCGGCGGGCGGCGGGCGGGCGGCGGCGGCGGCCGGUGCCCGCGGCUGGUGCUGGUGCUGCUGUGGGCGGCGGCGGUGGUGCCGGUGCCGGCCGGGGGCCAGUACAACGGCGAGCGGGGCAUCUCCAUCCCGGACCACGGCUACUGCCAGCCCAUCUCCAUCCCGCUCUGCACCGACAUCGCCUACAACCAGACCAUCAUGCCCAACCUGCUGGGCCACACCAACCAGGAGGACGCCGGGCUGGAGGUGCACCAGUUCUACCCGCUGGUGAAGGUGCAGUGCUCGCCCGAGCUCAAGUUCUUCCUCUGCUCCAUGUACGCCCCGGUGUGCACCGUGCUGGAGCAGGCCCUGCCGCCCUGCCGCUCCCUCUGCGAGCGGGCCCGCCAGGGCUGCGAGGCCCUCAUGAACAAGUUCGGCUUCCAGUGGCCCGACACGCUGCGCUGCGAGAAGUUCCCUGUGCACGGGGCCGGCGAGCUCUGCGUGGGGCAGAACGCCUCCGAGCGGGGCACCCCCACGCCCGCCCUGCGCCCCGAGAGCUGGACCAGCAACCCCCACCGCGGGGGCACCGGCGGCGGCCCCGGGGGCUCGGGGCCCGGCGAGCCCCGCGGGCGCUUCUCCUGCCCGCGGGCGCUGAAGGUGCCCUCCUACCUGAACUACCGCUUCCUGGGGGAGAAGGACUGCGGGGCCCCCUGCGAGCCCGGACGCCUCUACGGGCUCAUGUACUUCGGGCCCGAGGAGCUGCGCUUCUCCCGCACCUGGAUCGGCAUCUGGUCGGUGCUCUGCUGCGCCUCCACCCUCUUCACCGUCCUCACCUACCUGGUGGACAUGAAGCGGUUCAGCUACCCCGAGCGGCCCAUCAUCUUCCUCUCGGGCUGCUACACAGCCGUGGCCGUGGCCUACAUCGCCGGCUUCCUGCUGGAGGAGAGGGUGGUCUGCAAUGAGCGCUUCGCCGAGGACGGCUCCCGCACCGUGGCGCAGGGCACGAAGCGGGAAGGCUGCACCAUCCUCUUCAUGAUGCUCUACUUCUUUGGCAUGGCCAGCUCCAUCUGGUGGGUCAUCCUCUCCCUCACCUGGUUCCUGGCCGCCGGCAUGAAGUGGGGCCACGAGGCCAUCGAGGCCAACUCCCAGUACUUCCACCUGGCCGCCUGGGCCGUGCCGGCCAUCAAGACCAUCACCAUCCUGGCCCUGGGGCAGGUGGACGGGGACGUCCUCAGCGGCGUAUGCUUUGUGGGCAUCAACAACGUGGACGCCCUGCGGGGCUUCGUGCUGGCCCCCCUGUUUGUCUACCUGUUCAUCGGCACCUCCUUCCUGCUGGCCGGCUUCGUGUCCCUCUUCAGGAUCCGGACCAUCAUGAAGCACGAUGGCACCAAGACAGAAAAGCUGGAGAAGCUCAUGGUGAGGAUAGGCAUCUUCAGCGUCCUCUACACAGUGCCGGCCACCAUCGUCAUUGCCUGCUAUUUUUACGAGCAAGCUUUUAGGGAACAGUGGGAGAGGAGCUGGGUCACACAGAGCUGUAAGAGCUACGCCAUCCCCUGCCCCAACAACCACAGCGGCCACCACCCGCCCAUGAGCCCUGACUUCACCGUCUUCAUGAUCAAGUAUCUCAUGACCUUAAUCGUGGGCAUCACCUCGGGCUUCUGGAUCUGGUCGGGGAAAACCCUGAACUCCUGGAGGAAGUUUUACACCAGGCUCACCAACAGCAAGCAGGGUGAGACCACCGUCUGAGACCUCCUCUGCCCGGGGAAGCAGCUCCUCGUCCAGCAUGGGCAAACUUUGGGGACCGUGAGUGGCCUCCGCAGGCGGCGGGGGGAGCGGAGGACGAGCCCGAUGGGGACCCCUGCCCCCGGGGCCACCCGGCUCUGCCCUCCCCGGGCUGUCUCCUGUGGGAACUGCGUGCACUGUCAGGUUGGGGGAGAGGGAUGUAAAUAGCCUCUGUAAGAUUUUGUAAGUAUAUUUGUAUUUAAAUUCCAAAAAAAAUCAACUCACUUUUUUAAUUAUUUAGGACACUUUUAACCCGUUUGCGGAUUUUGCUUCCUCGCCCCCUCCCUCCCCCCCCCCCCCCCCCCCGCCCCUUAAUUUAAAAAAAAAAAAGGAAAAAAAAAAAAAGGCGUUGGAUUUUUAUUUCGUAGGGCAGGAUGGGAAAAGCUGCCACCGGUGAGAGCGAGCGAAACAAACCCCGUUCUUCCCCCCCCCCCCCCGGCCUCCUCCGCGCGUUUUGCAAUGGCUCCGCUCCGAGUUCCAGCCGCAGGAGCGGCCGGCACCGCGGGGAGGCCGCUGCCGCCGGCGCCUCCCGCCCCGGGCCCGGCGGAGGUGUGCGGCGGCGGAGGUGGGGCCGGGGAGGAGCGCCGCUUCCCGCCUCGGCCCCCGGCCCCGUCUGUGUGGGGACGGACCCCAGCCUGGCCCCGCACGGGGGACGGCGGGCAGCCGGCGGCCAUGGCGGCGACGCGCCUCAGCCGGCCCCGGGCCCUUUUUUGGGGGGGUGGCAGCGGCGUCCGGCCCCGCUCUGCAGCGAGACCACCUCCGCAGCGCCCGGGGCUGGGCUGCCGGCUGCCCUGUAACGAUUUUUAAUAUUAUAUAUUUUUUUUAAAUUUAUUUAAAUGCACCACACAGUUUCAGAGGAGUUAGCCUGUUUUUGUUGUAGGAGUUGAGGUUCGACACCCCCUGCACCUGUAGCACGUCCGAUGCCCGCAGGAGGUGGAUGGGGACGUGGAUAUACCGAACUUCCCGCUCGUUCUCGGUCUUUUCAUUUUUUAAGCCCGUUUGGCGGUGGCGAGGGCGGAGCGGGAGCGGGGCCGGGGCCGGGGCUCCCCGGGGCCCCCACCGAGCCCCCGCCGCCGCCCGGCCCCGGCCCCG